UUCGUCUCUCUCUAGAUUUAUUCCUUGUGUGAGUCUGUGAGAGUGUGAAGUCACAGUAUUUUACUGCUGCCAUUUAAGUCCUGUCUCUCCAACGAGAAGGCAUCCCCUCUCUCUCUCUCUCUCUCUCUCUGACUGAGAGAUGAGAAGUGUUUCCCGGUUGCUGUUGCGUUCUUGCUCUUCUCUCCCUUAUAUGAGUGCUCUCGUAUACCAGAUCUGAAGCCUCUUGUGCGAUUGGAGGCUGCAGCAUUUGAGGUGGUCAGGAUGAGCAAGGAGGACGUCCUCAAGGUGCAGACCUGUGUGCUGAAAGUUAACAUCCACUGCGAUGGGUGCGAGAAGAAGGUCAAGAAGAUCCUGCAGAAGAUUGAUGGUGUCUACCAGAGCAGUGUAGAUGCAGAGCAGGGGAAGGUGACGGUGUCCGGCCUGAUGGAUCCGGCGACCGUCAUCAAGAAGCUGAACAGGGCGGGCAAGCCCGCCAACCUCUGGGGCGCCAAGCCUGGUGUGGUAAGCCAGGUCCAAAAGCUCCAGCUCGGCGGCGCCGGCGCCGGCGGCAAGGGCCAGCAACCGAAGGAUGCUGGCGGCAAGGGGCAGCCCAAGGAUGCCGGUGGCAAGGGCCAGCCCAAGGAUGCUGGUGGCAAGGGCCAGCCCAAGGGUGGAGCCGGUGCCGGAAACGCCGGCGGUGGUGGCGGCGGUGGCGCGAAAGACGCAAAGCCGCUGGCGAUGCCACAGCCGACUCCGCAGCAGCUUCAGCAACUGCAGCAGCUGCAACAGCAGAUGCAGAUGAAGGGGAUGAAGCUUCCUCCCCAGCUCAUGGCCAUGGGCGGCAAGAUGCCGUUCCCGGCGGCCGCGCCGCCGGCGAAGGACCCCAAGGCCGUCAAGUUCAACGUUCCCGUGGACGAAGAGUUCGGUGACGACGGCAGCGAGUUCGAUGAUGAGUUCGAUGACUACUUCGACGACGACGAUUUCGAGGACGACGACUUGUACGACGACCCCAAGAUGAUGGCAAAGCCCAUGCCAAUGCCGAUGGGCGCCGGCGGGGGCGACAAGAAGAGUGCCAACGGCGGCGGAAAUGGCGGCAAGAAGGGUGGCGGCGGGAACGAGAUCCCGGUGCAGAUCAAGGGGAACGCCAACAACGGCGGCAAGAAGGACUCUGGCGCGAAGCAGAACGCCGGUGGCGGAGGCGGCAACGGCAAGAACGGUGGCGGCGCGCAGCCGCCGCAGAACGGCAAGGGCGGCGCCCCGGGCGGUGGCAACCAAUCUGGCCAGGCCAAGAAGGGCGGCGGCGCCGGUGGACCGCCCGCCGGCGCCGGCGGCCCGAUGAUGGGCGGCAUACCGCCGCAGCACCAGCCGGGCAUGAUGAUGAGGCCGCCGAACAUGAUGGGCGGCGCCGGUUUCCCCGGUAUGGGCCAGAUGGGCGGCGGGCCCUUGGGCGGCAUGCCGAUGGGCCACCCCCACAUGGGUGGCAAUGGCAUGCAGCCGGGAGGCGGCGGCGCCGCCCUGCACGGCAUGCCGGCCGGCGGCGGCAUGAUGCGUGGGGCUGGGUUCUACCCCGGCGGCGGCAUGCCGUCCGGGCCGGAGAUGAUGCAGGCAGCCGGGAACCCCAUGGCGCAGCAGGCGUACAUGUCAAUGAUGCCGCAGCAACAACAGCCGCAGAUGAUGGUGAAUGGCCAUGGCCCUCACGGCCACCACGGCCACCAUGCCCAUGGCGGCGCCGGCUACCCGCCGAUGGGGUACGGCUACGGGUACGGCCGCCCGGCGAUGCCGUACCCGCCGCCGAUGUACUACCCUGCGCCGCACCCCCAUGACAACAUGUUCAGCGACGAGAACCCCAACAGCUGCUCGGUGAUGUGAGCCGCCGACUGACAAGCUUUCUCCUGCUGAUGCUUCGGAAAAAGUAACCAACAGGAAGGAGGGGAGCUCAGGUCACAGGUGGUCGAAAUAACAACCUGGACUGGAUCAGUCAGUCAGGAUACAUGAGAAACUAGUACCAGCUAGCUAGAAUCGCCCCCCUUUUGUUUUUCCCGUUUCUUUUUUUUUCUAGCUUAUUUUCACCUUUUUCUUCCUUUGAACAAAAAAAGUAACUUCUUGAUGUCACACCCGGUUUUAAAACAAAACCAAGUGCUAUUUAUAUGUAUGCUAAGAUCAAGUUUUAUACAUAUAGUGACAUCAUCAAUGAAUAAUAGUAACGAUAUCACGUAAAGGAAUAUAAAUAAAGAUUUACGAGCC